AUGGGAGCAAAUUUAUCCAAAGCAUUAGGCGAGCCCUGCUCUGUUGACGUUGAGAAAGGCAAGAUUUUCGGCAACAAGGAGAUGCGUCUCCUUAUGCUCGGACUCGAUGCCGCCGGAAAGACAACAAUUCUGUAUAAACUAAAGUUAAACCAGUCCGUCACCACCAUCCCUACCGUCGGAUUCAACGUCGAGACAGUCACUUACAAGAACGUGAAAUUCAACGUAUGGGACGUUGGUGGGCAGGACAAGAUUCGGCCCCUGUGGCGACACUACUACACCGGCACCCAGGGUCUCGUUUUCGUGGUCGACAGUCAAGACAGGGAACGACUAGACGAGGCUAAGCAGGAACUGCAUCGGAUAUUGAGCGACAGGGAGAUGAAGGAGUGUCUUUUGCUUGUUUUUGCCAACAAACAGGAUUUGCCUGGUGCUAUGUCCCCCGCGGAAGUAACGGAGAAGCUCGGGCUGCACAAAAUGAAGGAUCGUUCGUGGUAUGUCCAUCCAAGUUGUGCAACUACGGGAGAGGGUCUGUUUGAAGGUCUGCAAUGGCUGUCGCAGAACGUAAAACGACAGUGA